CGCCUGCCUUCAUCGAUGAAGUUGGUUCAAAGAUGGCGGACUUCCUGCCGUCCAGCUCUGUCUUAUCUGUAUGUUUUCCAAACUGUCUCCUGACGAGCGGCGAGGCAGAGCAGCUUCGGAAAUCUAAAGAGAUAGAUAAGUGUUUAAAUCGGGACAAAACGUAUGUUAAAAGGCUAGUAAAGAUAUUGUUGCUGGGAGCAGGCGAGAGCGGCAAGUCCACUUUCCUCAAGCAGAUGCGCAUUAUUCACGGACAAGACUUCGACCAGAAGGCCAAGGAAGAGUUUAGGGCCACGAUUUUUAGCAACGUUAUAAAAGGUGUUCGAGUCUUGGUGGAUGCUCGGGAGAAGCUGCACAUCCCCUGGGGUAACCCGUCCAACAAGACACAUGGGGACACCAUGAUGGCAUUCGACACGCGGACCAUGAUGUCCCACGGUCAUGGCAUGGUAGAGCCCAAAGUGUUUCACCAUUACCUGCCCUCCAUUCGCUCCCUGUGGGCUGACCAAGGAAUCCAGAACGCCUACGACCGGCGCCGUGAGUUCCAGCUGGGGGAGUCGGUCAAGUAUUUCCUGGAUAAUUUGGAAAAGCUUGGACAGUCGGACUACCUGCCCAGCCAGCAGGACAUCCUCCUGGCCAGAAAACCCACCAAGGGAAUCCACGAAUACAACUUUGAGAUCAAGAAUGUGCCUUUCAAGAUGGUGGACGUGGGCGGCCAGCGAUCUGAGCGGCGCCGCUGGUUCGAGUGUUUUGACUCCGUCACUUCCAUCCUCUUCCUUGUCUCCUCCUCUGAAUAUGACCAGGUGCUGAUGGAGGACCGGCAGACCAACCGGCUCAGUGAGUCUCUCAACAUCUUCGAGACCAUAGUCAACAACCGGGUGUUCAGCAACGUCUCCAUCAUCCUGUUCCUGAACAAGACAGACCUGCUGGAGGACAAGGUCAAGCAGGUGUCUAUCAAAGACUACUUCCCUGAGUUCUCAGGCAAUCCCACAAGCCUGGCCGACGUCCAGCGCUUCUUGGUGGAGUGCUUCCGCAAGAAGCGCCGCGAGCAGCAGCAGAAGCCGCUCUACCACCAUUUCACCACAGCCAUCAACACUGAGAACAUCCGGCUGGUGUUCCGUGACGUCAAGGACACCAUCCUGCAUGACAACCUCAAGCAGCUCAUGCUACAGUGAAUCUAUCAGCAGGGGGCGUCCUGCUGCAGGAGAAGGAAGAGGGACGGGUGGAGGCCGACCUAAACCGGUGCCUUGUUUUUCCUCCUCCCUCUCACCAGCCCCAGUGGGGAGUGGGCAGCGCCCCUCUCCUCUCUCUCUCUCUCCUUGUCUCCCUGUGGCCUCACCCUCCAUGUUGAACUAAGACUUUGUAUUAAAGCCACCACUACUACACCCCUGUACGCCACACUCGCUCUCUGCCUUACCAAGCUUGUUCACUGUGACUGAAACCAUGGCUCAGAGACCCCUGUAAACCACUGUAAAUGACCUUGUAGCCCGGUCUCCUGACUAUUCUUUAUGCUCUGAUCCACAUGUCCUCCCGCUCUCCACCGCUCUGACCACUGUUACUGUGGAGAAGUGGGAGGGGCUUGUUAUUAGAUUAUUAACUGGUGACUGUUGCCAAGUCUGGUGUUCUUAACUCAACUGACUUUCCCGCUGUUACUCCCGACCGAGCUGGACAUUCCCUCGGUGUAUUGAAGCAGGUCGCUCGCACCGCUCCAACCGUUUUAGCUAUUACCUGUUUCUAAUAUGUGUAUCUAUGCAUUUUCUCUAACUUAUAUUUUAUAGAGUUUACAAUCUGCUUUUGACUGUAACGUUCCUGAAGGGGGCGACCUGUUGCUGAGGAUCCAGCGACGCGACUCCAGACCACUUACUCAGCAAGACCACGUUCUAUUUGGCUUCUGUUCAGAGUCAGCGUUGUGCUGUUUCUCAGGGCUUCUUAUGAACCACUUUUUUUUUUCUUUAACUUCUGUGCCUCCUCAAGCUGUUCAAAGAUGAUGGCCGGUGCUGAGCCAGGACAGUAUUAACUUGCGUGCUUCUGGGCCUGCAGUUAGGUUCGGUUGUGGGAGUCAUGUGGCCUCUCUUAGACUCAGCUUGGACUAAAGUUUGUAGCAAGUAAUCUGGACCAAGACCGUGAUGUGCCCGCUGCUGUCCUCCAAGUCCACCUUCAAGCCACGAGGGUUUGUGUCAAAAAUGUUGUCUAACAACGGAUGCUUUUACAUUGAAUUUUCAAAUAUGAUUCUUCAUCUAAUUUAUAAGAAGCGGUCACUUGACUCUGGAGACGACCUGUAACACUUCGAUGUCUUAACUUGUAAACAUGCUGCAGGUUCAUGUCCCAGUAAUGUGGGCCGGUCUUCAGCUUCUCGACGGGACUCGGCUGUUGUGUGCUCAUGUUUGACUGGUCAAAUAAAAUCACCCAUUCAUUUGUUCGUGA